GAAGGAUUCAAUUACUAGGAUCAAGCACAAUUCGGUUGCCUGGCAUCCUAAUAUCUACUUACUCGCAUUGGCACUCGUAUGUACCCUUUGAGACUAGGGAGGCUCGCAAUGUGAUGCACUACAGGCGCGGGCGGGUAUGGUUUUGUGAUACUGUGGGUCGUUACGAGGUGAAAUCAGGCACCAGCUUAAUGUUUUGUAGCCGAGGGAAUCCUCUGACAUUUGGACUAUUGGGCCAGAUAUCUCGCAGUUUGUGGACAAGUCAUGUUCUCCCUUCGAAAGGAGGCAGUGAGCUGUGUGAAGCUUGGCAGGGGUUUCCAACAUUACUUAAGUAUCAAGUACCUUGAGUAUAUGGCAAAGUCCCUACGCUGCCACAAUGGGCUAUAACCACGCAACCCCCGUCUGAGUAUCUGAAUCGAUAUUGAACAACACGACUCAAAAUUACAGAGGAGUUCGAGAUGAGCUUCGAAUUGUUCUUGCGCCAGACGUGGGCGCUGACCAAGAAGAACCUCAUCAUUAUCGUGGUUCGUUGUUGGCUGUCGACGUCGAUACGCGCCCUCAUUCUGCCGAUUCUUGUUCUCACAUUACUCCUCGAGAUCCCGAACUUGUCCAAAGACCCCAACAGAUAUGGAGUCGGUACGCCUGCUCCGGUUCAAAGCCUCGCAAGUUCUAUGCAUGGCUCCAAGAAGCUUGCCAUUGUCGAAUCGCCUGGACUGGGGCCCGACUUCCCUGAGGUGCUCAAGAGAAUCACAGGUCCUCUUGAUAGCAGCAAGGUGACACACCUUGAUACCGAGGAUCAGGUCCAUGGCGGUUGUGUCGUGGACUUCUAUGGUAACUCGCAAUGCUACGCCGUUCUCAUCUUCAACGACACGCCUCUCAGCGGCCGCAUCAACGCUACCUGGAACUACACCAUCAAGGCGGAUCCGAGCCGCAGUAACGCGCCCUUCAAUGUCUUCGACCGCAACAGCAAUGUGCAGGGGUUCUAUCUGCCCCUUCAGCUUGCCGUUGACAAUGCCAUCAUCAACUCGACCGUCAUCCCUGAAACCUAUUCCUUCGCCUACGGAGACCAGGCAGAACACGACAGACAACAGAAGCGAUCCUUCCAAGGCACCGCCAUCUCUAUAUUUUCGUUUGUCUUCUUCGCCACCAUGGCUCCAGUGGCCCAUCAUGUUGCCUGUGUAAUGUCUUUGGAGCGGGAAUCCGGCAUAACCCAGCUCACGCAUGCUAUUACAUCCUGGGCACGUAUUGCCAGUUAUGUCAUCACUUUUGACAUCCUCUAUCUGCCUCUGUGGAUCAUCCUGGGAUCCGUCUUUUGGGCUCUACUUCUCACAACAUCGUCGCCAGCAAUCGCCAUCUUCUGGCAAAUCUUGACGGGUUGGGCUAUCACCAGCGCCAGUGUGUUUUCUUCAGCAUUUUUUAAGCGUUCCAACGCCGCUUCAAUUGUGUUAACUGGCGUCUCUUUUCUCCUGGCCUGCCUCACUGCCUAUCUGGAGAAUGCGAAAGUCCAGCCUACUGUGGGCCAAGUUGCUAGUCUGGGUCUUCUCUUUCCCAGCAUGAACUACGUAUUCUUCUUCGACUUCAUGGUCAAAUCUGAACUGACUGAACGUCCUGCUAACUUAGCGAGUCCAAUUCCGCCAACCGUUCUAAAGAAAGCGCUUGGCAGGAACCAGGGAACCAGCUGGGCCGGUGUAUCAGGACCUUACUUCCUGUGGAUUCUAUUGGCAUUUCAAAUUGUGGGAUAUCCAUUGCUCACUUUUCUGGUCGACAAAUACCUCUACAGCAAUAACCGGCGUCGAAUAGUCUUCAACACCAGUUCCGAGGCUCAGAAGUCUCACGUGGCUAUCAAGACCACAGAGCUUCGGAAAGACUACCUACCCUCGGCCUGGAAGCGGAUCUUCUGUUGUGCGCGUAAGCCAGUGGUCAAAGCUGUCGAUGGGCUCAGCCUGGUCAGUCAAAAGCGGCAGAUCUUAUGUCUCCUCGGCCCGAACGGUGCAGGCAAAUCGACGUCGCUAGACAUGGUAGCUGGCUUUCGGCCUGCCACCGGAGGCAUGAUAAAUAUCAACGCGUCUCCAUCUGAGAUGGGUCACAUUAUCACUUGGAACCAGAUCAAGGGCGGCGGUGACGAUGCGGCGGCAGUAGAGAACCUGAUCGAGAGAUGCGAUCUGACCUUGAAACGGAAUAGUCUCGCCGGCACAUUGAGCGGCGGGAUGAAACGCAAAAUACAGAUGGCCUGUAUGUUAGUGGGAGGCAGCACUGUUUGCCUCAUGGACGAGGUGACUUCGGGGCUCGAUCCUAUAUCUCGCCGAGUCAUUUGGAACGUCAUUCUGGGCGAAAGAUCUCGGCGCACGAUGGUUUUGACCACGCAUUUCCUGGACGAGUGCGAGGUUCUUUCCGAUCACAUCAUUAUCAUCUCACUUGGCAAGAUGAAGUGUCAGGGUACUCCGGCCGAAUUGAAGCAGAAUUAUGGCGGCAGCUACAGGGUUCACAUACCCAAGUCGCAUGAUAUGACUGGUGUCGAUUACCCUGUCACAGACCACGGCGACAGCUUUACUGCUAUUACCCCUGACUCCUCUUCCGCCGCGAAACUUCUUUCCUCGCUCGAAGACUCGAAAGACUCGGACAUUUUUAUCCCUGGGCCCACGGUCGAGGAUGUUUUCUUGAAAGUUGUAAAGGAACCACAUGCUCUCGACGACGACAUGUCCGAUUUGGACACGGUCCAAGGCCCCCCAAGCAAAGCCAGUACUACUAGCCCUAACGUUGCACCUACUCAGAGGGCCAUCUUCUUCCGACAGGUAAAGGCAUUGUUCAUCAAGCGACUUCUUAUCCUUAGAACGCAAUGGUGGGUGUAUCUCUUUGCUUUGGUUCUGCCCGUCGCCUUCUCUGGUGUCAUUGGCGGUUUUCUUGACGACUAUAAGCCUCUAGACUGCAAGGGAAUUGUUGGCGAGCCAGACUACGUCACCUCUGUCUACAUGUAUAAAACCAAAGGCCUCGUUGCCGGGCCGCCCUCUGCAAAUGACACGAUCGUCAAUACGGCGUUCGCUGCCUUGCCCGCCAGGUCCAGCCAGUACUUCAACUCCUACGGCAAUACCACUCCGAUUUUACAAGAUAGUCACGAAAGCUUCUUGCAAUAUGUCAAAGAUAAUGUGCGGAAUCUCACUUCUGGCGGCCUCUUCGUGGAUAACGUGACGACGCCGCUCGUUGCCACUUACGAGGGCUAUGGUGAUGCGACCAACGGAAUGGCACUGAUGAAUCUUGUCAACGUGGCACGGAGUGAUGUCCCAAUCCAUCUCUCGUACGGCUUUAUACGUUAUUUGGCUUCUUACCAGUCUGGAAGCUCUUUAUCAUGGGUCAUAUCCUUGUACCCAGCAUUCUUUGCGCUAUAUCCCACUUACGAGCGGCGGUCUCAGGUACGGGCACUUCAGUAUUCCAAUGGCGUUCGAGCGUUGCCGCUAUGGUUUUCGCACCUACUAUUCGACUCCAUGUUCGUUUUAGUCAUCAGCGUGCUCUGCACUGUCAUGAUUGCGCCAACAGGUCCAUUCUGGGGCCUAGGGCAUAUGUGGCUAGUGUUCUUUCUGUACGGCAUCGCUGCCACUCUGUUGGCUUACAUCGUGUCUACGUUUUCGCGAUCGCAAUCAGCCGCUUUUAUGUUUGCGAUGCUCAUCAUGGGGGUCAUGUACGUCGUGAUACUUAUGAUCAGUAUUAUGGCGUCGAUCCAAGGUGACCAGGUCGCGCAAGACGGAACGAUUUUCGGUCUCGGUCUGAUAUUUCCCAUUCAGAACGUGAUGCGCGCUGCAUCCCUGAAUCUGAACCUGAACAUUGUUCGGUGUCGAGAGGCGGAGGCGACCAACAAUCCCGGUUCAAUCUACACUUACGGCGGACCAAUCCUGAUUCUCAUCAUCCAGAUAGUUGGCUUCUUCGGGCUAAUCGUUUGGCUUGAUAGCACGGCAUUCGGUUUGUCCAUGCCUAAAGCCUUUCAGCAGGACGAGGAGAAGAGCGCGAAGUCUGGCAGACCUGAUGUCGACGCCGAAGCAACCCGUGUCGAGGCAUCGAAAGACGACCUUUUGCGUGUCGUGCAUGUGUCUAAAAGCUUUGGCCAGAGCACUGCAGUGAAUGAUGUUUCUCUCGGAUUCCGGGGCAGUAUCUACCUGGAGGGCGUCGAUGUCCAACAGAAUCCUCGCCUCGCUCAGCGGCACCUGGGUGUCUGCCCACAAUUCGAUGCCCUAGAUCUACUAACUGUUCGCGAGCAUCUCACAAUAUACGCCCGCUGCAAGGGAAUCUCGGACAUAAAAGCGGACGUCGACUACAUCAUGUCCAAAGUCGGCAUCUCAGCCCAUCACAAGAAGCUCGCCGCCAAGCUCUCCGGCGGCAACAAGCGGAAGCUCUCCCUGGCCAUCGCUCUGCUCGGAAACCCGCCCGUCUUGGUUCUCGACGAACCCAGCUCGGCGAUGGACGCUGCAUCUAAGCGGGUGCUGUGGAAGACACUCGAGGCUAUUGCACCAGGUCGUAGCGUGCUCAUCACUACGCAUUCUAUGGAAGAGGCAGAUGCGCUCGCCACUAGGGCCGCUAUCAUCUCCAAGCGGCUCCUGGCUAUCGGCACCACGCAGGAGCUGCGCAAGAGGCACAGUAAUGAGUAUCAUGUCCAUCUGAUCCUCAAGUCUGCCCCGCUCUCCACUGCGGAAGAAAUGCAGAUGGUGGCAUCCUGGGUCAGUAGCACGUUCCCCAACGUUCAAUUUGAGGGCGAGAACCUUGGCGGUCAGGUCAGGUUUAUCGUACAGGCUGACAGUCAAAUUCCGUCCGAGUCCUCGGCACCAGAGAGUUUCAUCCGGUAUCUGAUUGAGACGUUGGAGGAUCGGAAGGUCCAUCUGCGGCUAGAGUGCUACUCUAUUGGGGCCGCGACAAUGGAGCGUGUGUUCCUCAGUGUCAUCAAGGAGUGUGAUGAGAUUGAGGAUGAGGAUGAGAAGAAGUCGUGGUGGAGGUUUUGA